GUGAAAAUAUGUGCAGAUCUCUAAUGAAAGAUAUUUGUACUGCUGUGGGAAUUGAUAUCAAUAAUCGUGAUAUUGUCAAUUACUCUGAACAAUCAAUACCAAUUAUAUUUUUAUUUCAAAACAGAGUGCCAACAGCUACAACAAUGUCUUUAACCGGUCAUAGAAGUAAAUUAUCAUAUUAUAUUUAUACACAACUAUCAGAUCAACAAAGAGAGGAUGCAUUAUUAUUGCUGAUUAAUAAUGUCGGAUUAGUACCUUUGAAUAGUUCGGAG